UGGCACUUUCCAGGUAGCUUUAGUUCAUGUGUUUAUUUUGUCGUCGCCGGUGAAGCGGUUGGCGCGGUGGGUUUCGCGAAGUACACGUGUAAUAAGCGUUAUAAGCACUUUUUGAUUUCCCCAAUCGCUACGCGCUCUUCAACUUAUAGCUUCAAAUGCAGUACCUCAGUGCUCUCACCGUGCAAGUUCUUGUUCUUUUCACACUUUGCUGUGUAGCGUUUUGUGAGCCGACUGUGCAGGAGCUAAAGUGUCAGGUGUGCAAAGCGUUGGUGACAGAAUCGGUUGCAGCUAUUUCAAAGGUUGACCCUAAAAAGAAGAUACCUGUCGGAAGCUUUAGGCUGCAAGCCGAUGGAACUCAGAAGCAAAAAACGAUUCCUUACGCUGGCUCCGAGGCACACAUGCACGAUGUCCUCGACGAAGUGUGCAGCCAGAUGGACAACUACGCACAGGCGACACACAAGGAGAACGGAGAGCUCAUUCUUGUGAACCUCAGUAAGGACGUUGACAAGCUGAGCACUUACCAAGUUGUCCCUGACCCCACUGCUAACGGAAAAAUUCGGCAGCUUUGUGAAGAUAUGAUUGGAGAGUACGAAGACGAUUACAUGCGAGUUUUCUCAAAGCACAAGAUAAGGGUGGAGCCCCAAGCCUUUAGGUUGCUUUGUGAAAACAACAAAGAAAUCUGUGGAGAAAAGGCGAAGGAAGAGCUGUAGAUACCAUCCUACGCUUCACUGUCACUACCGUGUGUACAGGUACACGUGAUGGUAGAACUCCUUGACAACGUUAAGAACUCUUCUUUCUUUGCCAAAAGGCACACCCAAGUCUGCAGUGCUGACGUUGCAUUCCUAUUUAUUUUGCACCAUGUGUCAGCAUUCAUAAUUUUCUGUCAUAUUAUGUUACAAUGAUUUCGAGACGGCCUUAUAUUAUUCUUAAUGGUUAAACCAUGCAGUCCUGCUGAGGGCCAGAAAAACAAAGAGGGGAAAGAAAACCUCAACAUUUUUUUCAAUGGUAGCAGUCACUGAAUUAAAAUUCGCGCAUACUACAAGCAAUGUUCGAUAGUUUUAAAGCGUAUGUUUGCUCAAAUAUAUGUUAGCCGUCUAUGCAAUAAAAAAAUACACUUG